AUGUCCAAGAAUGGACGCGAGAAGAAGCAAUAUGCAACUCAUCCCUAUCUGGCUGGCAACUUUGCGCCGGUGACCACCACUUCAGGUCCACGACCCGUUGAGUACUCCGGCAAUGUUCCAGAUGAACUCCAAGGGGGCAUGUACGUGCGGAAUGGUGGCAAUCCCAUCUCUAAUUCGGAUCUUGGACGAGAGGCCCAUUGGUUUGAUGGCGAUGGCAUGCUCACGGGUGUUUGGUUUGAUCGCGCUGCAGCCGGUACGAAGAAACCUACGCCACGCUUUGUCAAUCAAUACAUCUUGACCGACCUGUGCCUAUCGACGUUUGAGAAUGCAACGCUUCGGACGCCCAUUACACCAAGUAUUGCGACCUUGGUGAACCCGGUAGCGCGUUUGUUUGUCAUUGUCUGGAGUAUAUUCCGAACCGCCAUCUUGGUACUGUUAUCGCAUCUUCCCGGCUCUGCCCAAAGUAUCAAGAGGAUCAGUGUCGCCAAUACAAGUAUUUUGUAUCACGACGGACGGGCGCUGGCGACCUGCGAGAGCGGGCCUCCUAUACGUGUCCAUCUUCCAGGGCUCGAGACUGUCGGCUGGUACGACGGAAAUCGGACAGAAGGUGAACCUAUGCAAGAGCAGAAAGACGACGGUCCUGGUUUCGGUGGUACCGGUUUGAAUAGCUGGAUGCGCGAGUGGACCACUGGACACCCAAAAGUCGACCCUGCGACUGGCGAAAUGAUGCUGUUUCACUGCAAUUUCCUUCCGCCCUUUGUCCAUUAUUCUGUCCUGCCCCGAGAGCAAUCGCAAUCCUCACCAGAACGACUAGCGCAUGAAAAGCUGCUGAACGCGCCAGUGCCAGGCUGCUCGGGCGGUAAGAUGAUGCACGAUUUCGGUGUUUCGCAGCGUCAUACCGUUAUUCUGGACUUACCACUCAGCCUUUCUCCAUUUAACAUGAUGAAGAAUAAGCCUGUGGUCGCGUACGAGCCCGAGAAACCAGCACGAUUUGGAGUUUUCCCCCGACAAGAUCCUUCAGCAGUCCGCUGGUUUGAGACUAGUGGUUGCUGCAUUUUCCACACAGCUAAUACUUGGGAUGAGGCGGAUAGUGCAGGUCAUACGGUUGCGGUCAAUAUGCUGGCUUGUCGCUUGACAUCCGCAUCACUAGUCUUCAGUGCAGGAAACCUCACACCACCACCGCAUCCGAAUCAUAAGGAACCACAGGACAGGAAGCGCAUGUCAUUCUUCGCAAAGUACGAUGAAGACGAUAAUGUGAAGGAUCUGGAGAAGGAAACGAGUACCGAACAUACUGCUCUGCUUUCGCAAGAUCAUCUGGCAAGAUACGGCCCACCUACGCCACCCAUCUCAGAAGACGACGAAGAGCAGUGUCGCCUCUAUUACUACCGCUUUGACGUCUCGAACACCGCAUCCAACAAUAUCACGGAUCAAUACGCACUGUCAAGCAUUCCUUUUGAGUUCCCUACUGUGGCCCCGCACGUUGAGAUGUCCUCCGCUCGCUACAUCUACGGCUGCAGCACGUCCAACGCUUCUUUUGGCGCCGCCCUAGGAAAAGCGACAAAGAUCGAUGUAAUCGUCAAAAUGAACGUCGACGCCUUGCUCGCGCGUGCCAAGGCCGCGCCUCCAGAAAGUGUAACAGGUUGUGUGGACACGCGUUCCGUACAGGAAGUAAUCCUCUCGAAAGACCUCCGAGACCCAAUCCAAGCUUUUAAACUCCCGCCGCAUCACUUUGCGCAAGAAGCGCGCUUUGUACCUCGGCAAUCCGCCGCCAGCGAGGACGACGGCUUUCUUCUCUUUUAUGUGUUCGACGAGGCGCAGCUCGACGCGUUUGGCGAGUGCAAGCCUGAUGCGACCAGUGAUCUCUGGGUACUCGACGCGCGGGAUAUGCGGAGUGUGAUCUGCAAGAUACACUUGCCGACGAGGGUGCCGUACGGUCUUCACGGGAACUGGUUCAGCGAGGAGCAAAUACAGAAACAGAGGGCUGUGGAGACAGUGAGAAGCAUGCCAGUAGAGGGCAAACAGACGACAUGGAAGAGAGCGAAGGAACGCUUGAUUGGUGCUCUAGGGUAG